AUGGAGUGGAGAUCAGGGCGUUCAUCUCAGCUGCAGCUAGGUAGCCCGGGGGGCGGGGCGGACCGCAUCAGCGCUCUGCCCGACGACCUGCUCCACCUGGUCCUUGCCCGCCUCGGAUGCGCAGCCGCGGCGGCGCGCACAGGCGUGCUCUCCAGAAGAUGGCGCGACGGCGUCUGGACACGCAUCCCCGAGAUCGUCCUCCGCGACGUUCCGUUCCGCUCGCUCGAAGCAGCAGUCGGCGGUUUCUCUCCGGGAGUCUCCCUCCUCGAGAUCCGCGUCCCGGAGCAGCAGCACAGACGCGUCCUCCGAGAGGACUGGGCCGACUCCACCGACGUAGAGUCGCUGCUGCGCGCCGCCGCGCGGCUGGCGCCGAAGGAGUUCGUCUUCGCGUUCCCGCCGGGCUCGACAGCGAGCUCCAUCGACGUCGACCUGCCGUGCUUCCGCAACGCAACCUCGAUCGUCCUCGACUCGGUCUUCUUCUUCGUUAGCAUGCCCGAGGACGUCGAGUUCCCGGCGCUCGAGACGCUGUCCCUUUCGGGCUGUAUCGUCAACCUGGACUCCUUGCUAUCCCGCUGCCCGCGCCUGCGCGUGCUCAGACUCAAUCCGCGGAGGAUUUGGGUCGAAGAUGACGACCUGACGGUCCACUCGGCGGGCUCAACAUCUCCAUCCUAG